GGCAGUGCAGAGCGGGACAGAGCUGCACCCUGGAACAUCCUGGACACCCGAGGGCAGGUUUCAGGUCCCUAGAAAGCCGUCCUUCCCCUGCCGGCUGGGGCGGGGCGGGGUGGCGUUUGGCCUCUUAAAAGGUCUGGGAGGGCGCCCCAGAGCCAGGCGCGAUGUCCACAGGGUGCCAGCUGGGCCCGGUGCUGGCGGGCAGCGCCCUCCUGAUCGGCCUGGGCGCCUUGGUGCUGGGGGCCAGGCGCCCGUCGCCUUACGGGCGGCACCUGCAGGCAGGGUCCCGGGCACGGCUGCCGGCCCGCGCUGCCUGGUUCCUGCAAGAGCUGCCCUCCUUUGCGCUGCCCGCGGGCAUCCUGGUGCACCGGCCGCUGCGCCAGCCCAACGCGCUGCUGCUGGCACUCUUCUGCGCGCACUAUUUCCACAGGACGUUCAUCUACUCCAUGCAGACUAGAGGGAAGCCUGUCCCUGUGUCCAUCCUGCUCUGGGCUUGUGCCUUCUGUGUGGGGAAUGGGACCCUGCAAGCUUACUCUCUGAGCUACUGCGCAGACUACCCUGCUGAGUGGUGUAUGGACCCGAGGUUCAUCCUAGGAAUCCUCCUGUUUGUGGCAGGGAUGGCAGUGAACAUCCACAGCGACCACAUCUUGUGCCAGCUCAGGAAGCCGGGAGAAGUCAUCUACCAGAUUCCAAGAGGAGGCCUGUUCACCUAUGUCUCUGGAGCCAAUUACCUGGGGGAGAUUGUGGAAUGGAUGGGUUUCGCCCUGGCCACCUGGUCCUUCCCAGCAUUUGCCUUUGCAUUUUUCUCGCUCUGUUUUCUUGGUCUACGAGCUGUUCACCACCACAGGUUCUACCAUCAGGUAUUUGAGAACUAUCCCAAAUCCCGGAAAGCUCUCAUCCCCUUCAUCUUUUGAAGAAAAAAAGGUAAAAUGAAGCCAGCUCCUUCAAGCAGAGGAGUGUCUUCCAGCUGCCGACUCUCCAGACUGUUAACACCUUGCUGUCUGUAGAGGGGGGAGUCUUCUGUCCAAGUCCUCCUGUCAUUCUGAUAGCUGGCCUGAAGACUCUCAGCAAAGUGCUCCCACCCCUGUUCUCCUACUGGGGGACAUUCAUAUCAAAUGAAUUUUACUCAGUGCCUGAAAGAACUGUUUCCAGUAAGCUAUCUGCUUAAGCCUCAGACUUAGCUGGGUUUGGGGUGGGGGUCUCCCCCAGCAGGCAGCCAAAGUUCCUGGACAUUUAAUAUCUUAAUCUUUGAUAUGGAAGAGGCUAUCUGAUAAACAGUAGUCAUCCUUAUGCUGAGUUUAUACCUGCUGUCUUUAGAUUCAGUUACCACACCCUAUGCUUCAAUCCUUUAUCCCGAUGUAUGUUCUGUCUCCUGCCCAAACCCACCCCUGACUGUAUCCAUACUUCCUGACAAUCUGCCAGCCUUGCAAAUAAAGGACCAUGACACCAAGA